AUGUCUCUAUUCUAUGCUCCGUGGUGUGGCCACUGCCGGAACCUGAAGCCAGCAUAUGAGAAAGCUGCUAAGAACCUUGACGGUCUUGCAAAUGUUGCCGCAGUUGAUUGCGACGAUGACAAGAACAAACCUUUCUGUGGCCAGAUGGGAGUCAAGGGAUUUCCAACCCUUAAGUUAGUUAUUCCGUCGAAGAAGCCUGGAAAGCCCAGGGUUCAAGGCUACCAGGGAGCUCGAAGUGCAAAGGCUAUUGGUGAAGCUGUUAUUGAUAAUAUGCCAAACCAUGUCAAGAGGCUCACUGACAAGAAUAUUGAUGAAUGGUUCUCCCUGGGCAAUGAUACCACAAAGGCAAUUCUGUUCUCCGAGAAAGGUGCCACUGGCCCUACUUUGAAAGCACUAUCCUGUGAUUUCCUUGGCUCCAUUUCAUUUGGUCAAAUCCGGAACAAGGAGAAGUCUGCCGUUGAACUAUUUGGCAUCUCAAAGUUCCCAGCUUUGGUCCUUCUCCCCGGUGGUGAUAAGGAAUCCAUCUUAUAUGAUGGAGAGAUGAAAAAGCAGCCGAUGAUGGAGUUCCUUAGCCAGAUAGCUGAGCCGAAUUCCAAACAGGCACCUGAAAAGCCAAAACAAACGAAGAAAGCUGAUAAAUCCUCCAAGUCAUCAAGCACCCCAGAAAAGCCAGAUGAUUCCGCUGAACCAGACAGUUCGAAGGAUAAGUCCGAGGACAGCACUACGCCUGAAGACUCCAAGAGUUCAGAAAGUACUGAAAAGGAAGAAACUGGACGAAAGACACCACCACUACGGUCACUCGCAUCCAAGAUAGAUCUCAAAACUACCUGUCUAUCAGACACCACAGGAACAUGUUUACUUGCCCUGGUCUCAUUACCAGAAUCUCCUUCUGCUCCACCGCCACCCGCGACGAUGGAGAUGAUAACCGCUCUUGGUGAGAUUUCGCACAAGUACACAAAGAGUCACGCAAAUAUCUUCCCGUUCUACCUUGUCCCUGAAGUUACCGAGGAAAUUACCAAUUUCAAGAAGCUGGUCGACAUCCCAUCCGAUGGUGAAUUAAAGAUCGUCGUUGUCAAUGGCAGAAGAGGCUGGUAUAAGUUCUAUAACCCCGAAGAGAGAGGUGGAUUUAGCCAUGCAGGCUUGGAAAAGUGGAUUGACGCCGUCAAAUUUGGUGAAAUGGAGAAGAAGAAGAUCCCAGAGGGCGCUUUAAUCGUAGAUGCACCUCAAAAACCUGCCAAGUCUGAGGAGACUCCAGAGGAAACUAAGGACAAAGUCGAUGAGACAGCUCCAGAGCCAGAGCCAGAACAAGAGCCAAUCCAGGAUUCCAAGGAAGCUCAGCAGCAAGGGCACGAGGAGUUAUGA